GGGACCCCAUCCCAUGCACGGCCCAGCCCCUGGGCACCCAUCCUACACCCCCAGGACAUCUGUGGGGCCAUGGGCUGCAGGAUCCUGGCCUGGCACCUGCAGCGGGGGCUCCUCGUGCCCCCCACUCGAGGCCAGGGCCCGGCCGUGCAGCCGCCCGCCAUCCCCAGCCCCGCUCGCCAUCAUCCCCUAAAGCGAACAAAAGCGCUCGGCGAGCCCACCGCGCUCCGUGUCCCUGCACCCAAUUGCACCCAUCCCAAAAUGGGUGGCAGCUGAGGCGGUCUGGAAGCGAGCGUGUUUAUCUCCCGCCUGCAAGGCUGCGGGCAGCAGCGUGGUUCAACUGUUUUGGUUUUGGUUCAGCAGGGGCCGAACAACAGAGGCGCGCAGCUCCGGCGCGGCAGGAGAUAAGGCUGGGCACGCAUUGCUUCCCGCGAGGAAUUAGCUGGUUGUGGGCAAUAAUUUCUCAGCCCGAGUAGGCCUGGUUCUCUUCCUCGCUGCGUGUUUUUUUAGCUGAGGAGGAGCAAAGCGCGGGGCUGGAAGCCAUCUGUAGGCAAACCGCGUUUACACACAGCCCCUGGCUUGGGCGCGCGCCGAGCUCCGUCCAGGCUUCUUCCCAGCGCUUCAGUGUAUUUUUUUCAAGGCAGUUCGGCGGAAUCGAAUCCCUCUCUGCAGACGAGCAAGUGCAAAAAUGCCAGGAGAAGAGCUAGUCUUGCACUGAAAAUUCAGUAGAUGGCUGCCGAAUCUCCGUGCAUCCAAGCCGGAGCACUCGACUUGGAGGCCUCCUGCGAGGAAGGAGCGGACUGUGCCGCCCGCUGUGCCGAGGGCUGUGCUGAGGAGCUCCCAGCAGGUGAGAGCAGUUCCGAAAGCAGCUCCAGCAGCAGCUCAGAAGAUGACUCAGAUACUGAGGAGUCUGAUACAAGACGGUCGGAUGAAGAACAAGAAAAGAAAGAAUCACAGCCAGACCGCAAUGAAUCUGGUGGAGUGAACUGUCAGCCCCACUGUGAGCACUGCAGAAAUGAAAAUGCCCAGAGGGAGCAGGUGACCCCUAGGAGACUUGCUGGAGGACAAUAUUUGCUGAAGCUGGACGCGGACGGCACGUACCAGUGCAGCGUCACGGGCCUGAUUUUUGAGGUGACCGAGGCGGUCACCAUCAGCUACUCCCUGCUGUCCUGGAGCAAGUACGCCGGGCUGGUGAAGCCGCCGUGGGUGGUGGGCGGCCCCCUCUUCGACGUGCAUUGCAAGGCUGCCUCCGCCCUCACCUCCAUCGCCUUCCCCCACUCCCUCUGCCUCGGCGAUGGUGACUCCCAUCCAGCCUUCAAGGUGCUGCACAUCAAGGACGCGGGCGCAGCCAUCGAGCCCUCCAUGGACUACUCGGCCUCGCACGUGCGGUGGCUGGUCAGCUCGCUGUCACCCGUCGGGCCGCUCAUCCGCAGCGAGGAGCCGCUGCUCUACCAUGGCGCUGUUGUCUUGUACAAGGCCGUCGACGAUGACCCCUCCUUGCUGUUUCGGGUCUACGUGGCCACGAACAACGAAUCCUUUAUCAAGGAUAUAGCAAAAGCAGUGAAACAUUCAAAAAAGAAGUUCAUUAAAAUCGACAAGCCCCCUGUGUGCCAAAAAUUACUACAGAAAGGAAAGAGAUACAGAUUACUCUGCGAACCAGAAGCUGAAGUAACUCCGGAGGAAAUCGAAUUUGUUGAUGGAUCUCUUUUGAAACUAAAAAGUUACAUUGAAGUCUAUUUGGAGAAACAGGAAGACUUCACCUUGUCUUUGAUUGAACUGGAGUCUGAAGCAGUUGUAUGGAAAGCAAAGCUAAGAGAAAGUGACUGGAUACAUUAUGAUCAGAACAAAAAUGAGCUAAAAAGAAAUGCAGGCAGCAUCAAAAGACGGAAAUCAACCAACAGCUUUUCUGACGAAGAGACACACUGUGGCAAAAAGCAAAGGUCUAACAGUACUACAGAUGGAAUUAAAACAAUGAACCUACUAACCGAUCAACAGCUGAUGGCAAUCGCAAAGCUGUUUGGUGCAGAGUGGAAAGAAGUCGCCAUUGAAUGCCUCCAGAUGGAAAUGAAAGACAUUCAGCAGAUUCAGGCGAAGGAACAGGAAGUCAAUAUACAAAAAUUUCUGCUGUUAAGCAAGUGGAGAGAAAGGGAGCAAAGCAACGGAACCGCACAAAAUUUGUACAGCAGACUCAGCGAAAAAGUAUCAUAUGAUAUAGUACAACUACUAGAAGGCUUUAUGGCUCAGUGAUGAGUUCAAGAAGAAGCUGACAAAAAGCUCGGGAACUUUCCCCAUCCAAAUGGUUAAACUUUUCAAGCUGUUUCCCUGGCAUUUCAUUGUGAUUCAGUAAGGAAGAUGCAAAUCAUAAUCAGUCAGCGGAAAGUUUAGACAGAGUCUAUGAAAGAAAUGUGAAUGAAAUUUUGCACUGAUGUAAGUGCAAGAAGUGUUUUCAGGAGUAAUUACUCAUGUGGGUUUUUCAGGAGUAAUUACUCAUGCGCUUGGAUGCCGGUCAUCGCCGCCGUCGAAUCAGGAUGGAAGUGCCAGGCUUCACGUGCCCCAGAUUUGCUACAGAAUUUUGUCUUGUUUGAGCCAGUCCUAAAAGACAAUGAACACUAGGAGAAAUUGGUUUACCUUUAUUGGGUAUAUGAUUAUUAUCUUGAAACAUUUUAUUUACAUCAGGGAAAGACAGGGAGAAAAGUUGCGCAGCAACUUUCAUCCCCCUAAAAAAUAAUGGAACUGUCAAAAUCAUGAGGUAAGUCACAUUUCGUAUAGAUGCCUACGAUCAGGGAAGAAUACUCUUAAAUUUGCAGAUCAGGUUGUUUGCAUAAUUGCUGUAUAUAUGUAGCCACUGUAUAUAUUCGUGCGUGCUCAGCCUUUGUUGGGCUGUGGUUCUGUUUUCUAAAAAAGAAAAACUGAAGACCAACUUCAGAGUAGCACCACUACUAACCGCAGGCAGCUUUGAAUUUUCUGUGGGAUUUUCUUGUUCAGUCUUGUGUCUUGUAUAGUCUGUCUCAAUUUUUAUAUUUUUUAUGUUGAAUGUUUUUUUGUAUUAUGAACUUUUUAUACUUUUUUUUUUUACAUGAGCGAUUUUAACUUGAACAGAAUGAGGUGCUUAAGCUGAAAUAGAGAAAAAAAAAAGAAUAAAACAAAAACCACCUCAUAUUUUGAGUUUUAGAAAACUCAACUUGGAAAACUCAAAUUUUCCAAGCAGAGUGUUACUCUGUGGCAAUACCUGCAGUACUGUAAGUAGUACAGUAGUAAGAGAUCUGAAAAUAAUGUCAUUUGCAGAAGAGAGCAGCUACUUGAUUGUCUUAUUUUUAAAGACACGCAAUUCUAUGGAUCAUCUUCCCCUGUGUAUGUUUAUGAAAGAAAAAGCAUACUUUUAAAAAUCAGGAUUAAAAAGGAAACAUUCACACUG